AGGGGCGGGGCCUUCGCCGCGCUGAGCUUGCCCUUGUGUCUGGUGCUCGCUAGAGCUGCUGCUGCUGCCGCCGCCGCCGCCGCCGCCGCCGCCGCCGCCGCCUCCGUCGCCGCCGCCGCCGCCGCCACUGCUGCUGCUGCAGCCGGAGCAUCCGGGAGCCGCCGCCGCCGCUGCUGCCACCGCUACCAAGCGCUGCUACCACUGCUGCCACCUCUUCUCCCAGGACUCUUGACACCCGAGCGCGAGCGGCAGUGCAGCCGGCUUGCUGCCCCUGUCCCCCACCCCUCCCUUCCGUGACCUACCCACUCCUUGCAGCCCUCGCCUGCACCUUCCCCGACACCCCGGCAUCCCUGCAUCACCUGCCUGAGCAGCCUCCGGGCGGGCUCUGGGACUUGCCUCGAGCUCCGAAAGGAAGGCAGGCUCCAAACCGGUGGCCGGCAGAUCGGUUGUCGGGGCUGCACCGCCAGCAGUAGAAGGAGAAGAAACUAUUUAGCCCACCGAAACCCCUUUCUGCGGGUGCUCUGCCACUACCGCUUUUUGCUGCCGGCAACCAGCUUCCGCGCGGGUUCGAGCACAGCUGCGGCGGUAUCGUGGGUCCGGCGGGAGCCGGGAGGACGACACCACAGCGGAGCCCUUGCACUGUGUGGUUCGCUCAACCAGCAUCUCCUUGCCCCCUCGAUCCUUCCCCAGACCCUUAAAAGAAGGGACCAUGAUUUGGAAACGCAGCGCGGUUCUCCGCUUCUACAGUGUCUGCGGGCUCCUGUUACAAGCGGCUGCUUCAAAAAGUAAAGUCAAAGGCAGCCAAGGGCAGUUUCCACUAACUCAGAAUGUCACGGUUGUUGAAGGUGGAACUGCAAUUUUGACCUGCAGAGUUGAUCAAAAUGAUAACACCUCCCUCCAGUGGUCAAAUCCAGCUCAACAGACUCUGUACUUCGAUGACAAGAAAGCUUUAAGGGACAAUCGGAUAGAGCUGGUUCGGGCUUCUUGGCACGAGUUGAGCAUCAGUGUCAGUGAUGUUUCUCUCUCGGAUGAAGGACAGUACACCUGCUCCUUAUUCACAAUGCCUGUCAAAACUUCUAAGGCCUAUCUCACUGUCCUGGGUGUUCCGGAGAAGCCUCAGAUUAGUGGAUUUUCAUCGCCAGUCAUGGAGGGAGACCUGAUGCAGCUGACUUGUAAGACAUCUGGCAGUAAGCCUGCGGCUGAUAUAAGAUGGUUCAAAAAUGACAAAGAAAUCAAAGAUGUGAAGUACCUGAAAGAGGAGGAUGCUAACCGAAAGACCUUCACCGUUAGCAGCACGCUGGAUUUCCGAGUGGACCGUAGUGACGAUGGAGUGGCGGUCAUCUGCAGAGUAGACCAUGAGUCCCUCAAUGCCACCCCUCAGGUAGCCAUGCAGGUGCUAGAAAUACACUAUACACCUUCAGUUAAGAUUAUACCAUCAACUCCUUUUCCACAAGAAGGACAAGCUUUAACUUUGACCUGUGAAUCUAAAGGAAAACCACUGCCAGAACCUGUUUUGUGGACAAAGGAUGGUGCAGAAUUACCAGAUCCUGAUCGAAUGGUUGUGAGUGGUAGGGAACUCAACAUUCUCUUUCUGAACAAAACGGACAAUGGCACUUAUCGAUGCGAAGCCACUAACACCAUUGGCCAAAGCAGUGCAGAGUAUGUCCUCAUUGUACAUGAUGUUCCCAACACUUUGCUUCCCACUACUAUCAUCCCCUCCCUUACCACUGCACCAGUAACAACCUCUGUAGCCAUAACAACCAGCCCAAGCACAUCUGCAUCAAGCAGCAGCAGAAGAGAUCCCAAUUCUCUGGCUGGCCAGAACGGCCCUGAUCAUGCCCUCAUAGGUGGGAUCGUGGCUGUUGUUGUCUUUGUUACACUGUGUUCUAUAUUUCUGCUUGGCCGAUAUCUGGCAAGACAUAAAGGAACAUAUCUAACAAAUGAAGCUAAAGGAGCUGAAGAUGCACCAGAUGCCGACACAGCCAUUAUCAAUGCUGAAGGCAGCCAAGUCAAUGCUGAAGAGAAAAAAGAGUAUUUCAUUUAAAAUUCAGGCUCCAAGUUCUGAGUUUUACCUACCAGGCUGACUGCUGGAGAAAACUGGCAAUCAUCUUUCAGAAAUCAUUCCAACCAUCUUCUUCUACUACUUUUAUUAACACCCAUACUGUACUGCUCUCAGUAGCCAGUGUAUACCAACAAUCAGCAGUUGAAAGCAUCAUUCUUUAAUUACUGUACCAUCCAUAAUGCAGGACAUUUCUUAUUGCCUAAAUUUUACACCAUUGCUCUUUUAACAUACAGUGCUUGAAUAUACAGCCUUAACAAUGUUAAUCAUCUCACUGGACCAUGAUAUUGAGUUGUUUUUAUACAUUGAAGAAAUGUAUGCAGAGCCCCGCCCCCUACAUGUGUUUUCCUUGAAGUCAUAGACUUUAUUGGUUUGCCAUUGGACACUUAUCACAAGUCACAGGAUUAGGUGAUGACCUAAUGUGUUUAAGCUUAAUCGAAGAUUAGAGGUUUACAAACAAUGUUUUCUACCUGUCUAUCUUCAAAGAUAACAUGUUGUGGAAACAUACGCCCUAGAAAACACAAACUGAAAAAACACUGUAGUGUAGUUUCUGGAAUGUUUGAGAUUAUACUGGUAAUACUGUAUCAAGUGGCUAUUUUAAAAUUUAGUGUUUGAUACAGGCGCCAUGUGUAUGGAUUAUACUCAUGACAUGACACCUUAUAUUAUUAUAUAGAUCCUACCAUUAGGUUAUUGUAGCUUCAUUUACCAAUAAAUUAUUACAAACAUUUAACUGCUUUGGGAAUCAUAACGAUUUCAUUCAUUUCUCUAUUUGAUUCUAUAAUUUAUUUGUUCCAUAAGGAUUCACCUGCCUAAACAAAACUGAAGUAGGGCACAAUUUUGAGACAUUUUAGUAUCUGUAUAUAGUGCAUAUAAUAAAUCCAAUUAAACAUUAUUUGAUACAUAUUUAACUUUUUUGGCUGUAGGUUAUUCAGUCAUAAGUACGCAUUUUCUAACGUCCAUUCUAUCCCUUUAGAUAUUACAUAAACUGAUAUUAUAAGUAGAUAACAUGGAUUAGUAUUUUUGUCUGUAUGUCCCAGCACUGUCAACAACAAAAUUUUUCUAGUUCUUGUUAAUUUUUAUUUGUUAUACAAUGGAAGCACAAUGUUACAAGGAAAGGUAAUUUUAAGCUAACAACCAGUGCACAGCCUCAGGUUUUAAAUCACAACCACAGUUGAAUAAUAACCUAAAAAACAAACUCUUAGUUUGAUUUAAUUUAAAAAAGAAAAUCUUUACACAUUUUAAUUUGGCAGUUUCAGCGCUGCUUAACUAUUUUGAUUUGCCAAAAAGGAAGUGUUUAUGAUAUUUUCUGCAUAAAUGAGCUAAUUCUUUAUAUUAAAUUCCUGUCUAUGCAUUCUGUGAGGUACAAACUUAUGAAACAGAGAGUGAUAGAGAACCCGUGCCAUGCUCUUAACUCCAAGGUGAAAGUCUCUUUCUCUGGAUUAUUUUAAAUUUUGGGAUAUUGAACUAUUAUAAAAUUCUGUAAUCUUAAAUAUGUCAUAAAGCCAAUACAAAGUCUUCUAUCUAUGAGUGAAAUAUAAUAUUGGUAGAAUAGUUUUUAUUACAUUUAUUAGAAGCUAAAGAAUAAAGAUCCAGUUAGAUAAAAAAAAAAAUUCCCAUUCAAAAGCAUUACACCCUUAAGAAGAAAAGAAAAAUUACAAUAUGGUAGCUGUACUUGUGAUGUCUAAUAGCAUGGUGGAAUUUUAAAAAUACCUUGGAACUUAUUUGCAGGAAACAAGAAUGAUUGAAUACAACAUCCUAAGUUAAUAACAUAUGAAAGGCAAGGGUGCUGUAUAUUAGAUUAUUUAUCAGAAAAGUAUCGAACAUUUAAGGACAAUGUUAGAAUUUUUAAGUUUUUUUUUUAAAUUGUAUAGCAUUUAUCUUGUUGAUUUCUUACAAAAGAAAAAGGACGAUGUCAGUCAAGCAGCACUUUUUUCAAAAUAUACAGAACAUAAAUAAUAUGAUGUGGUUGAGUGUUAACAUAAUAAAUCAUAUACAGUAUGACAUUUUAAGGAAAUAAGUCUGCAUUGAUGUGAUUGCAUGCUUGUUUUUACAAUUCACUCCAUACCAUCUGUGGAAAAAAAUGCAAUAAUAUGUUAAUAUAGUAUGGUAGUUCGAGAGAAUCAGGUAGGUGCCUCUAGACACAUUGAAACUAGAAUAGGUCUAUAAACUGCUCAUAUCUUUCAAUGCAUAAUCUUUAGAAAGACUCCACACAGCAAAAUUUCAUCCUGUUAGUACAAAACGGAAAGGUUCUUAUUGCUAAGUAUGUUGUAUAACUGCAUCAUCAGUUACUAUUUAAAGCCUAAUUUCAGGAUACAUUUACAAAAUUGCUACUCUUCAUCGAUGCUGUAUUUAUAUCCUUCUUCAUCUAUAUUCUACUUGGCUCCAACUGCUAAAAUUGUUGCCUAAAUAACACAAACAUUAUUUAUAACACUGUAAAGUUAGAAACCCCAAAUUGUUUAUAUUUCAAGACUUUUGACUCUUUUGACCCUUCUGAGAAAUACACAAACCCAUUAGAACUUGUAAAAUGAAAAUCACUGGCAGAUAAAAAUUAGUGGGUGCUAAUCAAAUGGUUUUCAGUUAAAUGUAGCUAAUUUUGAUUGAAUGACAUUUCCUGUCAUAUAAGAAAAGUGAUGGAGUUAUACUUUCCUGUAUUGAAUGCUUAUUUGAUUUUCACUGAAGGAAACAAGUUACAAGAAUUGUGGGCAUUCCCCAUUCCAGCAAAUAAAAAAAAUUAAUGAAAUAAGAUUUCUAAAUUGGACCCAUGUCAACUGAGAAGCCUGAAAUAUGCCCAGUCAUAUGCAUAUAGAGACACUCUCUGUCUCUGCUAAGGGAGUUCAAUAGGUAGGAAACACAGUGAAAAGAGUGUGUGUACACACUCCUCAAAGACGAUGAGCAUCAUUCGUUACAAAAGGAAGUUCCUCUCUGCCAGAAAUGUUUACAGUGUUCAUUGAUUGUCCUUGAUCAGUAAGAUCUAACCAAUAUUCUUCUUGUCUUCUUUUCCUUUUUGAAUGUCCUGGGAAAAUGGUGACCAAGACUAUAAGAAAAAAAAAAGGAAAAGUACAUCAGCAAAAGAUAAAUUACCCCAUUGGAAUAUUGGUGUAUUGGUGUGGUGUGGUGUGGUGUGUGUGUGUGUGUGUGUGUGUGUGUGUGUGUGUGUGUGCAUGUCUGUGCGUGUGUGUAUUUGUGUGUGUAUGUGUGUAUUGAAGAGAAGAGAGAUUAAAACAAACACAGAAAAAGAGAUUCCAACUUGUUUUCUUUUAGCAGAAAUUACAAGAAGCAAUUUAGGGAACCUGAUAUUGGGAUUUAAUCUAGAAACCGGAUGAUUUCAUUGGAGAUGUUUAGUCUUUCAUAAAAACUUUACAAUUACAGUAACAAAUAGAGAAAGAAAAACAACUUUCCUGAUUAUGGCAAAGAAGCUAACACCUCAUUUGUUUUGUUUGGAUUUUUGUUUGGUUUUUGUAAAAAUAUAAAUAUUCAAUUAAAAAGACAGGCUCACUUGUAAUUAUGUACUCAUGACUGUAACAGCAUUGAGAUACCAUAUAGGCACAUGUACAGCAGCUGUUUGACAGUAAUGGCUCUUCCAUGUAACAUAGCAGUUAUUGUGUGAUUUAGUGCCACUUAUUGCAAAGUGUUACCAAUGGGCACAUUGAAAUGCAUUUUGUCUUCCCCUCCCUUUUGACAUCAGUAUAAUUUAAAAGAUAAAAAUAUAAAAUUUCACACUUUUUUCCAAUUUGUGAAAUAAAAAAGACCCUCCAUAUAUUUUGGUCCCUUCCCAUAAUAUUUUGGUCCCAGAAAACUUUUGAAAAUGCCCAAUUUUAUUUCCUUUAACAAAUGGUAAUCUGUAAUGGGUAUAGACAAUGAAAUGAUUACUCAGUGGUCACAACUUAAAUAACUGAAAAAACUAAAGGAAAUUACUGGUGAGUAAUGCUUUUUGUUAAGUGGCACCAAGUACACACUAAAAACUAUGCAAAAUAUAGGUAACUCCACUGUAUGUGCAUGUAAGUAUCCUGUACUAGCUGUGUAUGGAUGUUGGAAACCCAUGUAAUUAUAAUAUGCAUUUUGAAUUCUGGGAAAGAGGAAAUCUUAGUGUAGAUAAUAUAAUUUGUCUUGAAAUAUACAUUGGCAAUAUUGAAAUAUACUCAGUGCAAUAUCUCUAAUUCUAUUGCUGGAUAUUCAAUGCAAAGGGUUUUAAAAUACUCUUAAAGAAGAUCCAAGAGUUUCGCUAAUUUAUCUCUCAUGUUUUAUAACUACAACAAGUUAUAGUUGUUUUUUUCUUACUUAAUUAUUAAGUUAACAAAGGACAUUUAUUUGGUUUAGUCUUUAACAUUACUGCAGAGAAUGAAAAGAUGUGGAUUUUAAUCUUUGAUUUCAUAUCUAAUUGAAUUUGCCAUUCUUAAAUUUUCUUUGAAAUGUACGUGCUUUAGUAGAUUGAAAUACUUUGAUCAUGAGUAAAAGUUUAUGGAAAGAACAUAAGGUAUAUUUAGUACUUAAAGUCACUUAUAUUUUAAUGAGGAAGUUCUCCUUUCUAAAUUUUUCUUUGUCUCCCUAGCACAACCCAAACAUGCCCUUUGCACUUCUAUAUACCCUUCCAAAGGCAGUGGAUUGAACGUAGCAAGAUAAUCAUGAGACUUGAAGGGGAUGGUAUAUGUGAAUGGGUUCUAAAAUCAUCAGCAUUUUUAUGUAUUGAGAUUACUAUUGAAUGCAAUAGUUAUUGGAUAUAGCUGGUAAUUUCUCUGCCAUGCAUACUUACAAUAAUUCUUCUACCUCUCACUUUUAACAUGGGCUAUGAUACUUCAAUAUAAAUAGCGGAAGUAAAUAUUUACAAGAUAUCCCAGGAAGCAUCAGCUUGGGACCCUCAAAACAAUGCACUCCCGACUCCCUGGGAAAUCUCAAAAGCCAACUUCUUGUAGUGUAUUUUAUGGUGUAUGGAUAUGCGUUUGUUUAGCUUCUCUCUCAUUAGCUGCAUAUAGGUGACACAUGAAACUUUGCUGAGGACAGUUCUUUCCAUGCCUAGUUAAUGUUUUGCUGUUAUGUAAUUGUAACUUUUUAAAAGUAAUUUGGUAGCAGCAGUUUGCAAUCCAAUCUGAUAUUUCAUUUUAUUUUUAAAGUGUAAGAAUCUCUUCGAAUUCAAUGCUGUAUUUUAAGUACAAAUCAUGUAAAUGAUUUAAUUUUCAGAGAAGUAUUAUCUAUAUAAACAAAAAUUAAGUAUUUUAAAACUGCCUCCUUAUGAACAAAUAACCCCAAUAAUUCAAAAUAUUGCCUCAAAAGCCCACUUUUCUGCCUAGGCAUGAUAGGAACUUUUCAAUGAUGUAAUUUAAAUAUGUUAAAGUAAAAUGCCACUUUAUGAGCAUAUCUUCCUUCAGAAAAAAAUAGAUUACAUAAAUUUAUUAAAUACUGAUGGUGAAUCUAUAAAAUACGCUUAAAAUAAGAUUUUUAUGUUAUGUGGUUAUGUUAUAAAUAUUAUUUGCUUUACUCUUUAACAUCAUUUCCAUAUAUGUAUAUGUAAUAUAUAUGGUCAUAUAUAUUAUAUAUAUGAAAUGUGUAAUUAUUUUGGAGAAAAUGGGCCCAAAUGUGAAAAAGAUGUAAAGAAACACUAUACCCCCUUGGAAAUAUGAUGUAUAUUUCAAAGAUGUUAAGUUAAAAGAGAAGUGACAAUUGCAGAGGCACAAGAAAAAUCUACCAGGGCUCAGCACUUAAGCACUUUUCCCACAUCCAGGGUCAAAGCAGUAGCGAUUCCUACACGGACUUUUAAGCGCAGCAUGAAAUGCAGCAUUACACGAACACACAGUACUGUCAAACCUCAAAUGCUUUCUUUCUUUAGAUGCUUUCCCUUGUACAUGAUCCUCGUAGACAUGUUUUUAUAUUCGCUGAUAGUGAAAGUCACGCGCAAUAAAAUGUAACGGUUGGAAGCAGUAGUCACUAAUCGGUUAAAGACAAGUACAAAAUGUAAACAGAUAUUACCUUUCUCCUCUUUGCUUUUCUCCGUGGUUCUGAUGUGUUGACUGAAUGUCAUAAAUAGAACAAACAAACAAAAAAAAAAGCAAUCUAGAAGCUUUUCAAAGCUAGUAAUAUUGCUCCUUAUAAAUAUGUAACAUUUUAAUCUUUUUACAAACUUACUUCGCUGUACUCGCUGUACGUGUUGUCAAUUGAUUCAAUGAUGCAAUUGAGUAGUGAACUAAGGACUUCUGAGUUUGGAAUGGCUAAUCUCUUCUUCAUAUUCAGUUCACAUCAAUAUUUGUGAAUCGGUUGUUUAGCUUUUUAUUCAACCGUAAAUAUUCCUUAAAGACAGCUCCGUUUUUAUCAUAAACAUUUCACUGUAAACAACCUUGCAACAAGUUUGCUAUGUUAAAAAAAAAUUUAAAGACUUAUCUCUGAAAACAAUGUCCAGAAAUGCAGGUGUUCCCAGUAAUGAAGCUUCAAAAAUAAAGUGUUCUAUUUAUAUGACAUGAAAUCCAUAUCUUUUGGAAGGGUAUACUUAUGACAGCACUCAAAUAUAUUCUGUGCAGUAUAGAAGAUCCACCAAAAUGAAGCAUAUCUCAUAGAAAACAAACACGAUUAUUGAAUCUACUCUUAUCAUGAACAUUUUCACAAAACAAAAUGCAUAUUGUAAUAUUAAGUACAUGACACUUGCAUGUUAAUAUGCCUAUAUACUUACAAAGUAUUCAAUGUGUACUGAGUGGCGCUUCAAAUAUGUCAUGUACAACACUUAUAAACAUGCUUACAGGGUUCCCAUUUGCACUUCAUCCCUUCAGUAAAGUCUCCUCAGAAAAAAAAGUCUGAGAAAUAUGAAAAAUAAAAUAAAAUUUGAAAUUUAGUUAUCUAUUGGACAUUACUGAACUUUUUCUUCAUUUAGUGUAUUUUAGGCUUGAACAUAGACAUUGGAAAUAAACUUUCUUUUCUCCAGUGAAAGAUUACAAAGGUGUUGUGGAGCACGUUCUAUUAUGCCGAACGCAUUGUUUUGAAUACCUUUUCUCAAUUGCAUUUUAUAUCCAUCUAUUUCAGUUUCCCUCAAUGACAUAUACUUUUCUUAUAUAUUUCUAAAGGGAACUUUUUUUUUCUUAAAUGAGAGCUACUAAAAAAAUGUUAUCUUUCUGAUAAAAUAUUUAAUCAUUAUUCCUUGAAAUGUGUGAACCUUGUAAUAUGCUGACUAAGUUAAAAAAGUGUCGCUGACAUAAAAAAAUUUGCUUGAGAUUGCCAACAUUCAAAAUUUUGUAAAAGUAAUUUUACAACCACUUAUUUGUGUUUACUAAUGUUGACUAGGAACAGAAGCAAAAAUAUCUAAAACAACUUUUUUAUUUCUACACUCUAACUGAUAUAUGUCAACUACCUAAGAUAAUGCAAUUAACCAUACAUACAUCUUGAGCUUAUAACAAAAGAAUUUGAGAUAAGCUUUUAAAUUUAUGGAAGAUUUUCUUUGUGUCUUUGGAAGUUCACUUACCAUGAGGUAUUUUGUAGUCUACUUUAAAUAACAGAUUUUGUUAUACAGGGUAAGCCAAAGGCUGUACGAGAAUUAGUGCCAUUGGGUCUGAUAUUUGUGUUGGACCAUGAAAUAUUCCAUUAAAAUUUGUCUGUAAAUACAA